ACUUGUUUUUAUCGCAAUGAGUUUAUUUUCCUUUACGAACACUCAAAAGUAUUGUGGUGGGGAACUACUUCGUCCUGCUUGCACUGGUGCAAAAGAUUCGGGACACGGAGGAUUGAUAUGUUUUCUAAAUGCAAAUAAGAAGAUGUGGUACUGGAAUGGCCGAACUAAUAAAUGCGAAGAAAUGUCCUAUAAAGGAUGUGGUGGUAACAAAAAUCGGUACUGUACUUUGAAAACUUGCGAGAAAAAAUUACUUUAG